UCUCCUCCGUGCAGUUCGCGUGCCAUUCAGUCGUGCGCGCAGCGUUCACAGUCCGGUCCUGUCCGCGGUGCUGUGACAUUGGUUCCGGGCGGAGAUGUCGGCCAGACCGGGUUAUUAUCGGCAGGAGCUGAACAAGACCGUAUAGGUUCCCGAGCGGUACCAGAACCUGACUCCAGUCGGCUCGGGGGCCUACGGCUCCGCUUGCUCGGCAUAUGAUGUGCGGCUGAGGCAGAAGGUGGCGGUGAAGAAGCUGUCCAGGCCGUUCCAGUCCCUGAUCCACAGCCGCCGUUCUUACCGAGAACUCAGACUGCUUAAACACAUGAAACACGAGAAUGUAAUCGGUCUGCUGGACGUCUUCACGCCCGCCGCGACGCUAGAGGACUUCAACGAAGUCUACCUGGUGACCAACCUGAUGGGGGCGGACCUCAACAACAUCGUCAAGUUUCAGCGUCUGUCCGACGAACACGUGCAGUUUCUGAUUUACCAGCUGCUGCGCGGCCUCAAGUACAUCCAUUCAGCGGGGUUGAUCCACAGGGACCUGAAGCCCAGUAACGUGGCAGUCAAUGAGGACUGUGAGCUGAGGAUCCUGGACUUUGGCUUGGCCAGACAGACGGAUGAAGAGAUGACAGGCUACGUGGCGACUCGCUGGUAUCGAGCGCCAGAGAUCAUGCUCAACUGGAUGCAUUACAAUCAAAACGUUGAUAUUUGGUCGGUGGGAUGCAUUAUGGGAGAGCUUCUGAAGGGAAAGGUCCUGUUCCCUGGAAAUGACUAUAUCGACCAGCUGAAGAGAAUCAUGGAGGUGGUCGGGACUCCCACCCCCGAGCUCCUGAAGAAGAUCUCCUCUGAACAUGCUCAGAAAUAUAUCCAGUCUCUGCCCUUCAUGCCCCAACAAGACCUGGAGAAGAUCUUCAGAGGGGCAAAUCCAUUAGCCGUGGACUUGCUGAAGCGCAUGCUGGUUCUGGACUGCGAUGGGAGGAUAUCUGCCAGUGAAGCUCUGUCCCACCCUUAUUUUUCCCAGUACCACGAUCCGGAUGAUGAGCCCGAGGCCCUGCCAUACGACCAGACGCUGGAGAGCAAGGACCGCACCCUCGAGGAGUGGAAAGAGCUGGUAUUUGAAGAGGUGAACAGUUUCAAAGGGCCGGUCAACAAGACAGACAGCCUUCAGGUGGAGCAGUAAGCCCCACCCACUCUGCCCCGCCCACCCCCACUUAUAGAGGGAUUACCUGCCCUGUCAAUCAGUGUGUGUGUGUGUGUGUGUGUGGCAGGAGAAACUGCAAACCAACUGGAGGAGAGGACUCUGCAUUCCCUGGUUACAACACCUCCCACUUGACGCCACCGUUUCUUCAUCUGAUUGGCUGACAUGGGGUUGAUUGGCGGGGCGGGGUUGGCUAGCAUCUGCUGGAACGGAAAGUGCACAAUGAAAUCACAGUUUCAGAACCGAAGCUUUAAAAAGGAGCUUUUCUGUCGGGCAAGUUGCUUCCUCUCAUGGCUCCGCUCAUUCCAGGAAGGAUAGCUAUCCUGCAAAACCGCGAAAUGCGAGUUUAACCUUGGCCUGGUCGAAGGAAGACAGAAUGAGCAAGGAAUCAUGGGAAGAACCAACUUCACGGAGAAGAACUCAGUGUUUACGGACUCUUGACAGAGCGACGGCAAGGGUAGACAAAAAGACGAAUCAAGCAAACAAACAAGCAAACAAAUGCCGUAUAUCAGGAAAUCCAAAGCUAGGGGAGCAUUUUUUUCUGGCUCCGCACCAUCAAGACCGAUGCCAGAAGCAGUCUGUAACGAUCACGGAUGAAACGACUCGCUAGCCCUUGGCUAACAGGUCAGAUCCUUUAGUUGACAGGUUAACGUAGUCGCCCGUGGUACGGGAGACCCGGGUUCGCAUCCUGGCUGCGGCAGCUCCCGGCUGCCCCCUGAAUUUGCUACAUUGGUGUCAAAAGUGGGACGGUGAGGCCAUCGGAAGUGCGUGCGCCCAAAGGCGUGAGGGAGCUGGUAUGCUGAAGCGCGAGGACACGCUUCCUGAAUGAGGCGGGUAGUGUAACGAUCACGGAUGAAUACACUAGCUAGCCCUUGGCUAACGGGUCGGACCCUCUAGUCGACUCAAUAAUGUUGUCGCCAAUGGUGUGGGAGACCCGGGUUCAUGUCCUGGCUGAAGCGGUUCCCGGCUGCCCCCACCGAAUUCGCUACAAGUCAUUACAAAGGACUUUUCAUCAAUAUACUAAAUUUAAAUUCAUGAGCCAGGGAACACUAUCAGGCCACAUGACGUUACCUCAUUGAAAUGCUUAGUAGUUAUUCAGCAUACUGCUGCAUGGUUUUUUUUCAGUAGAUUUUAUCAUAUAGCAUAUUACUUGUACUUUAUUAUAUUUAAUGUGACUGCUUCUUGCAUCUGCCUAAUCUGUAUGAAGACAAUUUAUGACCGAUGGUCAAACUGAGGUUUGGAAAAGAACUGCGACCAACUUUUAAGUCAAAUGUUCAACAUGGGCCAGGGGAAAAAUGUUAUCUUGGGUAAAAAUCCUUCUUAGUCUGAUCACAAAACAAGACAUGCCCAUUUUGGGGAGGUCACGAACAUCCCCCUGAAGCUAAAACAAUUCCAGUCCACCAUAAAUAUGCUUACUGUAUGACCUAGCUUCUCGUAUAGCUACUGCUGGCAUCACCUGCUUAUGAUCGCUCAUCCGCUUCAGCCUCCGUCUUAUAAACAGUGCUGGUACGAGGCUGUGCAACUAAAACCUAAUAAGACAAAGGGACUAACAUCAUAUCGCACGAUGUUACUUUCAUUAAUCUGACUGGCCGAAGACGAAUUACAGACAUGCUGCUACCGCCCGUAAAGCACCGCUAUCCAUGCUUCUGGGUUCGUGUGGUAAGUAAAUGCUAACCAGGGAGCUAAAAAGUGCAUUUUUUUGGUUUGUUUUCAUGUGUUUUUAUUGUUUUAGUUUAUAAUUCUUGUGUAUAUAUAUAAACUUGUUUGGGCAAAACACUUUGCAGUCAGCAUACACUCGCCAUACUGUUGUAUAGAGGUGAUCAAUACCUUUGAUCGGCACUCACACCUGUUAGCAAUGCCACUGCAUACCAAGAACUUGUAAUAUUAUCAAGCGUGUUGUCAUUUUGGUGUUCCGAUAUUGGAUUCUGGAUCCAUCCGCAUUUCGAUGGGAAAAAAAAUGCAAAGGUGUGUAAAAACAUAACCUCUAGGUAGUCUAUGUCUGGUAUUAUUAUGUUGUCUGUUCUGCUUUUGGUUAUGCAGUUCUCUGUUGAGAGCGAGUCUGGUUGGCUCUGAAGUCGCAUUAAAAAAAGCGGGGGAAAAAAUCAUUCGUAUUACCCGGCUGAACAUAAUUUAAUGCAAUCGUUUCUGUUUGGUUCCUCUGACUCUUCCCUCCACUGCGCCCCUCUUGGCAGAAAUCCUUGUUGAUAUUAGGCCCUUUUUUAAUUUAAAGGUGAAAACAGAAGCAGCAAGAGGGCUGAAAACUGUUACGUAUCCGGGCUAACGUUUUGCUCAUUUGCAGGACAGCUGUGUCAGACAAGGCCGAUGCAAAACAUCCACGCCAUAGCUGUUUGCAUUUUAGUUUUUAUAAAUAUAUUGAGUAGUUUAAACCAGGGGUCCCCGAACUUUUUCAUGUUGUUACCCACAUGUGGAGAUGCUUUCUGGCCCUGGACACACCAAAUAUUUGGUGUUGUAGAGUAAGAAAUAAAUUCUCAUUACCUGUCCAAAAGUGAGAUAAUCAACAAUCCUCUCUAUAUUGUUCAUCGGUGCAGUAUUCCCCAUUACUCCCCAUGAAAUGCAACAUAUUAGUCUUCAACCAUGGCCCACUAAUGAUCAAAUGAAACUGACAAGGCGCGUCACAUUCAACAUUGUGUUUAUUAUGGACAUUAUAGUUUGUUUUAUAGUUUUAAACAUGGUUAUCGCGGUCACCUCACAGCAAGAGGGUCCUGGGUUCGAGCCCCGGGGUAGUCCAACCUUGGGGGUCAUCCCAGGUCAUCCUCUGUGUGGAGUUUGUAUGUUCUCCCCGUGUCUGCAUGGGUUUCCUCCCACAGUCCAAAGACAUGUAGGUCAGGUGAAUCGGCAGACUAAAUUGUCCCCAGGUGUGAAUGUGUCGGCCCUGUGAUGGACUGGCAGCCUGUCCAGGGUGUCUCCAUGCCUGCUGCCCAAUGACUGCUGGCGUAGGCUCCAGCAUCUCACAACCCGAAUUCGGAUAAGCGGCUUGGAUAAUGGAUGGAAAGAUGGUUUAAACAUGUGAUGGCUGCACCAUGUGUCUUCUAUUCAACAUCCUUUUAAGGACAGAGUGAUGAGGAAAAAACAACCCACAAGUCCUGUUCAUCUUGCCAUAGAUGAAAAAACAAAUCCCGGUGACUCAAAGUGAUUUCAUUACUUUGCAGAUUCAUUGGUUUAAUUCAUAUGUUGGAAAUUAGAGGUGGAUUGGGAAGGUUGGGCAAUUUUUAUCUACUUCAGGACGCAGUCAUUCCAAACUCAUUCUACAGGGUACACGCUGGAAUACUUACAUGUAGCUUAUUUGUGCAAGUUGUCCAAUAAUAACCACAAAAUGUCCGAUUUACAGCGUAAAUGGUCCAAAAUCUUCACAGUCGGCGUGUGUUAGAACCUUGUUAAUUCAUUUGAAUGUUUAUAGUGUUAUUUACACACGUUGAUCCUGUACGUGUGGUGGAUUUUGACUUGCAACUGUGAAUGUACUGUAUACAGAUAUGUCUGUUAUAAGUGAGAGGUUUAUUUUGACUACUUAUGGUAUGCCAUGAGUUUCAAUCACUAACCUGAAUGUCAACACUUGGUUUGCAACUUUGAAAAAUAAAAUA